AUGAGGGAGUUCUUUGCAUAUCGCAUACAUGAUCGUCGUGGAGAAGCUGAGACAAUAUUACUUUCUCGAAGAUUAUUGCAACAAUUAAGUGUCGAUGGUUACACCAUGAUGGAAGCACAAAAAUUAUCGUUCGUUAGACAUAAUCAACAAAGUUUCAAAGCUGAUAAUGUUAAGAAUUUAAGAGGUGCAACAGAUAGAGGAGAUACAAAAGGAGCAUCAACUGGUAGUCGGGUAGUUAUACCAACAUCAUUCACUGGAGGACACAUCUAUAUGAGGGAGAACUAUCAAGAUGCAAUGGCAAUAUGCAGAUGGUAUGGCUAUCCAGAUUUAUUUAUUACUUUCAUAUGUAAUCCAAAAUGGCCUGAGAUCACAAGAUUUGUUUCCAAGAAGGGAUUACGACCUGAAGAUAGACCAGAUAUUAUUGUUCGAGUGUUUAAGAUGAAGCUCGACCAAUUGGUUAAGGAUUUGAAAGACCGAAAUAUUUUCGGCAGAGUUAGAGCUGUUGUAUAUACAAUAGAAUUCCAAAAGCGUGGCUUGCCGCAUGCACAUAUAUUGUUAUUCUUACAUCGGGAUGACAAGUUCCCAAAUGCAGAAGCAGUCGACAAAAUUAUAUGUGCUGAGUUACCGAACAAAGAUGGAAAUCCAGAUUUGUAUGAUAUAGUUGUAACACACAUGAUGCAUGGCCCAUGUGGUGCUUCUAAUCUUGACUCCCCGUGUAUGGUGGAUAAAAUAUGCACAAAACAUUUCCCAAAAAGGUUUAAUGAGAGAACAAUAGUGGACGAACAUGGUUAUCUGUUACUCUGUAAGUAUCUUGCACAUACCAAUGUUGAAUGGUGUAAUCAAUCUUUCUCAAUCAAGUAUCUAUUUAAAUAUAUAAACAAGGGAUACGAUAGAGUCACUGCGACUGCAUACCAUAAUCGUCAAAAUCCAGAAGAUCCUGAAAAAAUUGAUGAAAUCAAAAGAUAUUAUGAUUGUCGAUAUAUAUCGCCAUGUGAAGCUAUGUGGAGAAUAUAUGGGUUCCCCAUACAUUUUAGAAUCCCUGCUGUCACACGAUUAAGUUUACAUCUACCUGACGAACAUACUGUCUUUUUCACUGACGAUGCCGAUGUAGAGGAAGUGCUUGAAAGACCACACAUUGAGAAAACAAAGUUCCUAUCCUGGAUGGAGUGCAACAAAGAACAUGCUGAAGCAAGAGAAUUAAGCUAUGUUGAGUUUCCUACAAAAUUUGUGUGGCAAGCACGCACAAGAGAAUGGACAUCACGGAGAAAAGGAUUUGCAAUUGGCAGAAUUUAUCAUGUCACGCCUGGAGCCGGUGAAAAAUUCUACUUGAGGACUUUGUUGAAUUUUGUGAAAGGUGCAACUUGCUACGAAUACAUACGCGUUGUCGAUGGUCUACUACAUCCCACCUUUAAAGAAGCAUGUUAUGCUAGAGGUUUGUUAGAUGAUGACAAGGAGUAUGUUGAUGCGAUAAUGGAGGCAAGCUUCAGAGAAUCUGGACACUAUCUACGUAACCUUUUCUCGUUGCCCCUGAGCGAUGAACAAUUGCAGAAUUAUGCAUUGGCUGAGAUUGAAGCUAAGCUACAGAGCAACGGUAGGACCCUUCGUAGAUUUAGCGAGAUGCCAUAUCCAAAUGAUCUAAUCGUGUUAGAAGGUCAAAAUAAGCUCAUAAUGGAUGAGCUGUCUUAUGACAGAGGAAAACAAAAUGAAGAGUUUCAACAACUUUUCCAAGGAUUAACUGUUGAGCAAACUGGAAUUUUUCAAGAAAUUAUGGACGCUGUCUCGCAAGGAAGAGGAGGUGUUUUUUUUGUCUAUGGUUAUGGAGGAACAGGUAAGACUUACCUUUGGAGAACACUGUGUGUUGCGUUAAGAUGUAAUGGAGAUAUUAUUUUACCAGUCGCUUCAAGUGGAAUUGCCUCCUUAUUGCUCCCACGUGGAAGAACUGCUCAUUUGAGGUUCGGACUUCUUAUAAAUGUCACUGAGAACUCGACGUGUGUAGGUAUGAAGGCAGGAUCAGACCUAGCAGGUCUGCUUAUCAAGACAAAACUUAUUAUUUGGGAUGAAGCACCAAUGAUGCAUAAAUACUGCUUUGAAGCUCUAGAUAGGAGUCUAAAUGAUGUUAUGCAAUCUGUGAAUCCCAUGGACAGACAUUUAAUGAAGAUUGUUAGAGAGAGAUACAACAAUUGCAACUGA